CCGACACGGUGGUGGUGGUGGUGGUGGUGUUUGAUGGAGCAAACGAUAUGGGGUCAUUUGCCGGUGCUGGUAAGGGCAAAUUCGAAAGAAUCUAUUGAAUACAUUCUUCAAGCACUUUGGAGAACAAGAAAAACUGGUCUUGGCACUACCGAACGAUGCAUCAUCCAAGAAAUGCUCCAGCUCCAAAAUGAAUCUGAUCUUGACCCACUUCUGGUUUGCCUCCGAAUGUUAAUCAGGAGGUGUGUUUAUGAGAACACUAGCAAGGAGGAUAUUCCAAAGCUGUUCCCCAGUGAGGUUCUGCCUGAAUUGCAAAAACUGUUGAUGCUUUUGUUGCACAAGUUUCAGCAAGAGUGGCAAGAAGAUGUGAUGAAAGAUCAGACUAUUGUGCCUCAAUUAAAGACUAUGACAUGGAAUAUGGCAAAUCUGGAUAAAGAAUCUGCAGACCCUGCAGCUGUUAUCAAUCUGAAGCUACAGAAUGAUGCUCUAUUUCACUCAGGAGAGCAAGAUAUGAAGUUCCAGUUGGCUACAGAUUCUAUAGAUAUGAUGCUGAAAGCCAUGCACUGUAUUAGAGACCAGUUUUCUACUGUGGAUGAGGCACUGAAUGGGCAUUAGGACCAGUAAACCAAUGGAGUUUCUUACAAGAUGUUUUACAAAGAAUGAUAUGCUUGACUAAAUUGCUGCCUUUUGCUUUUAGAUUUACCCAGUAUGCUUCUUACUGAACAAAGUUGGCUAAAUUUAACAGACAGAAGUAACCUGUAUUUGAGAUUCUAACUUAAUCUUGGUAUAUGAUUUGUAUCAUGAGAGGAUAUUGAUUUGGCUUGUUGGUUUGAAUAGGACAGUUGAGCUAAUUAUGGUUUGAUUAACUGGUCUAGUAUCAACAAAGCCUUAUCUUACUGGAUGGAGAAGGCAUGAAAUUAUAUAAUAGAACAGCAAUUUUGAAUUUAAAAGGGGAAUUUUUAUUGAAUCCAACGGCACACUGUUUUAGAUACAAAUCUGGAGCUGAGGCUCCACCAGAGAGUUCUUCAAUACUCUAAGAACUAACUUACAUCUUAUAAAAUUACUACUAUUUGCAGAAUAUAACUAGAUAGGGACACAACUCUCCCCUCUCACAAUAACUGCCUUUCACAGCAAUUCCUUUCUACAAUAACUUGUAGCAUUUUAUUCCUACAAAAUUACCAUUCUACAUAGCAGUUCCUCAGACCUUAUGGGUCUUUCUGGAGUAAGACUUUCAGAUGGCUAGUUUACUAGGAGUCUAUGACUUGUAUCCAGUAAUUGGUCCUCCUCUAAGCCAACAAAGUCUGAGUUUCUAUCAUUAAUCUGGAGUUACAAUUUCAUAUUUGAACUUUUCUUUCUAUGGAGCAUGGGAAGGAGGGACUUGGGAGACUGGUGGUUUUUAUUUUUUGGGGGAGGGACCAUGUUGUGUAAUGUUAACUAAAAAAAUAGAGGAGGAAAUGAAAUGGAUGCUUGCUGUGUUGGGAAUAGGACUGUUACCACUCUCUCUACCAUAUGGAAAUCUCAACCACUGUGCAGCCAUUUUUCCAUUUUGGGUCCACAAUUCCUUAAUUUGUCACUCUUGUAUGUUUUAUAGCUCAUAGCACAAUGUAAUGCCAGUGAAAUAUUGCAGUUGAAGUUUAUUUCAUGUCUGAUGCAUAAAGCUGAUGGUGAUUUCAGUUUGAUCUGAAUUUGGAAAUUUGUUUUGAUUUUCUCUGGUAUAGCAGGAGAACAUAGAUGAAAGACCCAGGCAGGGGGAAUCAAAAGUUGAUCAAUCUUUGGUGGGGAGAUGUGUUAUCAUUCGGGCUAAAGCCUCAACUGACCAGAUCAUUUGGUAUUCUUUAUUUGUAAAAGAAAAACUUUAAUAGUCUCGCUUUUAGGAUCAGAAAAUUCCAGCGAAACUAGUUAAACUUGUAGAUUAAUGGAUUGAGCAGUUUCUUUUUCCAAAUAAGAAACUCCUUUGGUCAUGGAUGUGACAACCUGAUAUGUAACUUCAGGCGAGUUGGGUUUUCACUUGUUCUUCCUUUGUUUUCUCAACUGAACUGGUGCAAACACAAGCACGAUGCCUGCACAUCCAUUGUGGAUUACUUUGCAAGUGCAAAACAUAAUGUGCAUUGGAUUACUGGUUUAGAACUUGGAGCAUAAGUUGCAAAUGUUCAAAACAAAUUGUUGAGUAUAAAUUUCCUUCUUGUAA